AUGUCGCACCGCGGCCAGCUCCAGUGUCUCAACAACGCCGUCUCCUACCACUCACACACCUUGACCCCAUCUUCCUCCCAUUCGCCUGUCACCAAGAUGACCCAACCUCAACGCACUGCUUCGCAAGACUCGACCUCGGACGGCAUUCGGAAACGGGUCUGCAAGGCCUGUGACCGAUGUCGCCUGAAGAAGAGCAAGUGCGAUGGCUCUAGCCCGUGUUCACGUUGCAAGGCAGACAAUGCCAUUUGCGUGUUUGGGUAUGCUGCUCAAUCGUCCCUUCCCUUCGUGAUCCCCCUGCUAACGCUGCUCAGCGAACGCAAGAAGUCGCACGACAAGGUGUAUCCCAAAGGCUACGUAGAGAUGCUCGAGCAACAACAAGGCCAGCUUGUGUCGGGUCUCCAAGAGUGCUACAAGAGAUUACACCAGGCCGGUGCAUGGGACGGCGAGAAGCUUUCAGAGACCAAUGGCUAUCCUCUCACGCACGACAUUCUCGCCGCCUUGGGCUUACUCGAGACCAAGCAGGAUGGCAGUGGAGAGAUGGAGACGUUCGAAGACGACUGCGAGAAACUCCAAUCACGACUCAUUGCGGAUGGUGCCGGAUUCGCUCAACGACGAGGCUCCUUCAGCUCCGACUCGGAUCACAGCCAGCAAGGCCAUGGUCGAUCUGCAUCUCGCAGCACGCCUGCGUUGUCGAAACCCCCAACUUUCCCCAACAACUUCAACUUCAACUUCAGCGCCCCGCCAUCACCUCCAGCAUCUCAAGGCAGCCCGAUACCCGCCCCACGACAAAGACCAUCCUUUCCACAACCGCAGUCAUCACCACUGCAACAGAGCUCUCCCCUCACCAACGACCCCCAGUUCUAUCAAGCCGAGUGGGCCUACCCUGAGUCCAGAAACGCGGAGCUACUCAUGAACUCCAAGUACGCAGUGCAAUCUCCCGACCUCGACCAAGGCCUGGGAAAUAUGGGAGACAUGACUUCAUUCAACCAAUGGGACGCCUCCUUCGACAUGAAGUACGACAUGAAUCUGGCCGCUGGCAUGACUUCGUACCCACAACAGCUUCAACACGCCUUCCCAGGCAUGUCAAGAAUGCAAGACACCAACAUGGCGGGUCUGGCGAUGGACCCAGCCAACCUAAUGGAAGUUGAUUUCAAUCAAUACAUUCAGGUCCAUUCGUAA